AUGGUAUGGCUGAAAUCCCUUUGGGACAAGGGUGAAGCGAGGUUGGAUAGUCACGUCGCUUCUCCUGCCCCAGCCCUACAACUGGUGAGCAGCAGCAAGACCUUCCACCGGGUGGAGGAGCCUCGGACCUGGAAAGAGGCCAUGUGGUACUGCCAGAAGCAUUACACUGACCUCGCUGACCUGCAGAGCCUCAACAGUCCAACGAGCAUCAUGGUGGUCUACUCCCACACCAGAAGUACUCAAGCGUGGAUUGGCCUCUUCUACGAUGUGCAAAUCUCUGGCCUGAGCUGGUCUAGUGGCUCCAUCUUUACCACCCCAACAUGGAGUGUGCUGCCUACCUUCCAGGAUGGCCUCUGUGCUACUCUGUAUUCAUGGUUCAGUGUCCCUGCCCUGGGGGCUGCCUCCUGCACAGAGCAGAAGCCCUUCAUUUGCUAUUAUGACCCCGCUGUAGGACACCGCAUGUCUUUGGUGUCUUCUCUCAAGGACCUGACCACUCUUCCAGAGGAAGCUGAGGUCAAGAUUAGUGGACAGACCUUCAUUCGGAUUGAACAAACCGUGUCAUGGCUUUCGGCUCUGACCUACUGUCGAAACCACUACACAGACCUGGCCGAUCUUCAGAGAGUGAGUGACAAGGACAAAGAAGCCCUCCAGCCCAUCACAAACGAUGCCGAUGCCUGGAUUGGCCUCUACUUCAAUGCAAAGAUCAAUAAUCUGAUCUGGUCUAGUGAUUUGGGUUCCAGCAUCCCUGAGUGGCUACAGAAUAUGCCUAUGUUUGGUCAAGGACUAUGCGCAGGACUCCGCACCUUUGCAAAUAAUCUGCCUCAGAUUUAUGCACAUCAUUGCUAUGAGCUGAAACCUUUCAUCUGCUUCUGUGACCCCUCCAUUGGACAUCGACAGUCAGCAGAGAUGCCUCUACUCCUUGAUAAUUCUUCCCUCAAAGUGACUCACCCCUCACAAGUUACUACAAAGACAACCUCUAGUCCAAACACAGGGACUAGCACUGGCUCCAUAGAUGCCUCCCGAGCACUGGUUUCAAGAACCUGGAUCCCAGAGCAAGUGAGUCAUGAACCAAUUGUGGUCAGCUCGGGCACCUGUGGCUUCAGCGUCUGUGACACCAGCACGCCCACACCCACUACCACCACCACCACCACAGGCCUCACCUCCCUCCAACCUCAAGGAGUGGUUCCAAUAAGUCCUCUGGCAACCCCUGCACCUUCAGAAGGAAAGUGGAUCAGUUCACCACAAAUGGCCUGUGACCCCAGAUUACCAAUGCCGAUUGUACUGCAGAGCCUGCAGAACCAGGGGUCCCUCUGUGACCAGCAGAGAGGGUGGCACACGUAUAGGAGAUACAACUACUACCACUCAGGCCCAGCAUUUAAGCUCACCAAAGUACCCAGAGUUGAACGAGAAACUGGUAGCAGCGGAAUCAGCACCUAUGGUAUCCAAUGGGUACCCCUAACUUCCAAGAACUGGACAGUUCACAUGGCAAUGGGUGACAUUCUUCUGAGGCAGGGAACAUUUUGUUUUCCAGAGUACUCCUUUGGAAUCUUGAAGGCAGAUUUUACCAUCUCAACACUGAGGGAUCCAGAAGAGAUGAAAGAUCAACUUUUGAGUGAGAUCCAAGAAGUCUUAAAGCUUACAUUAGGUCAUGAGGAAUUCACACUGAAAUGGGUCGGCUUCGAAGUGAACAGAAAAUAG